GCCCCUCUUGAUCUUGACCGCGACCACGCGCAUGUCACAGUCAGACGACUCCGAGUACGCGGCCUACAAUGAUUUCGAGGGCCUCGAGGAGGCAGACUUCGCUUCUCUUGAUGCCUCAACCUCUGCACACUUCGCCACGCCCCAGGGAAAACCAUCACCCGUGUGUCAGCCAGCUGUGGAGGAGCCGACAGCGACCAGUCCUUUCCGACUGUUCAGAAAGAAUGGCACACUGUCUGUCACCGACCUGAUCUCACUGUCGUGGUGCGAAGUCCAGUACGAUUAUGGACUGCGGCAGCGCCGUUCUGCGAAGCUCGAGAAGCGGCCAGCAUCAUUCAAGACUGAGAAGGGCAAGGAAAUCACGGUCCGGAAAGACGUCGCUGCGCGGAAUGACCGGACCACGAAACGAGGACAGGUCAUACACAAAGAGCUGGAGAGAGAGGUCAAGCCUGUGGAGAUAGAGGUCCUCAUCGCUUCGGACGAGGAGCGUUGGGCUCUUCGGAUUCUCAAUUUGCUCGAGAGCCUGUCGAUACUCAAGUUGGAGCCGCGGACGCGUGAAAUCCCGGUUUUCGGUAUGAUAGACAACGUCGUGGUUGUGGGAAUUGUGGAUGAGCUUCAAAACAUAUCCAUCGCCAGUUCCCCCGCAUUACGUGUGAUUGAUACGAAGACGCGGAUAUCCAAAUCUCUGCCUUCUGACGCCGACGCGGAACCAGCCAGGUUGCAGGUGAUGCUGUAUCACUCGCUUUUGACACGACUGCUGGAUACAUCCGCUCCCUUCGACUUUGAAAGUCUCUGGCGCAUGUCAAAAGUCAACAGGAACACUGAACUCUCUACUCGGUUCCUCGAACAGGUCGGCCUCUCCCUAGGAACGAGUUCCCCUACAUCUCUGGUGGAGGUGUCGACUUACUACCACCGGAGAAUAGUAGAAUUGGAUCUUCCUCCCCUCGACGAUGUCUUGCAGGUCGUCUAUCGACCCCAGAAAAAAGCGAUUCUAAGGUCACUGAGGCCAGCCCGUCCUACACGAGAAGCAGAGGAUCUGGCCCGCGCCAUUGAAUUGAGUUUGGCCGAUCAAGCGGAUGCCGAUCUCGCCCAAGCUCUGCGCGCCAGUUUGUGGGACCCCGGCACUGGUAUUCCAGAAGACUCCGCCCCCGUGCAGACUGGUUCUUCGAACAUCCGACGGGAGGACAUCGUACCUGCCGCUUCUGGUUCUGCCGAUGGUGGCGGCGUGGAAGGUACAGUGGAUGGUAAUACAAUCCUCGGGACCAAAGAGUUCGUUUUCGAUUCACCGACGCUCAACGUUUAUGUCAAGAGCGCCAUGCUGUGGUGGAAGGGCCGGCGAAAACCGCGUGGGGUUUCUGAGUCGCAGACAAGACGGUGUUUCUCCUGCGAAUACCGCGAAGGGUGCGAGUGGAGAGAGGAAAAGGCUGCUGAGGCCGAGGAAGAUGUCCUCUGGCGCCAGCUUGGAGACUGGUGAACUCGAAAUAAUCGGGUUCAGGUUGUCUGUCGAUGUUGUAUUUUGGGCGGUUUCAACUUAUCUAACAGAUAUAUGAUGUUCCAUUAUGAUGUGAAGAACAUCGCACGGGGCGAUGGCAAUGUUGAGGGAAGCACUUGACAAAUCCAUCAUGGUCGGCCAGUCAAUGAGCCGACUCUACUUGCAUAUAAGCGGAGCGGCAAAUCCCGAGUUCACUUUGGUCUGUACGAUCCCUGUCAUCGGCGAACAUCUCGUUCUGGCUAGCAACAGCCGCCUCACUGAUGUAGGCAGCCUUUCUCCUCGCACCAGUCACUCGUUUCGCGUGUCUUGUGACGGACCGCGCUUCGUUGACCCUGUUCCAGCUUUUAUUUUGUUCGGCAGUUGGAUCCCACGGGAGUCCAUGACAUGCAGCUGGCUGGUUUCAAUUCCUAUGAAGUUGAACACGAGAAUUGGACUGAAGCUCUGGGAUUCUUUUUAGUUGCGACGGGAUAGCAGACCGGUUGCAUCAUGGAUCCGGGAUUUCACGAAAUGAGAGGAAACCGAGGGAGCCCAGCUGCUGAAACCCGAGUGCAGAUAGCCUGCGAGCAGCACGAUCGCUCAUGUACUUGCUCUCAGUGGCGGAGGCCUUUGCGAUCACGGGACAAAGCAAGCAAAGGGCGUCUGAAUGACCAGGCUUGAACUUGGCAUUUUAUGCCAGCGGGCGCGUGGUAUCUUUCGAUGGAGAUUCUCCGCUCCCCUCCCUUGUUGAGCGGAGAAGAUCAGGUCACUGCCCCCGUGGCCAAUAGUUCAUCAGAUGCGAAUGUCGGUCGUUGUUCAGCGCUCAGCACUGAACGGUUGGCUCCAGGGGAAGUCAGGUUGAAGGUGGUAGGUGCAGGUGAAUGAGCGCCUUGAAUAGACAUCUGAGCACCGCAUUUCGACAUCACUACUCCUGCAUUACGUGAACAUUUGAACGACCUUACUUGUUCGGAAAAUAGUUACGGCAGAUGCGCUCGGCAUGGGAGAAACGCUCGAGUAUGGAGUUGCUUUGAAAGCGGCUUUCACUGCGUCGGGAUGAACCUCCUGCCGAUUAAGUUGAAUGCCCAGCCAUUCCUGAGCCACAUGGUCGGUGCGCGCUAGAUAUCGCCAUGAUGUUGCAGUGCUCCAGACUCCGGACCCCGGAUUCCGGACUCCCGCCUGCCUUGGCGAGCGCUUGACUAAGCCCUCCCGUUCACAGCUAUUUCCGACUUGUGAUGCGCACAGGCGUCACAAGAGACCGGAAUAGUUCCCGCCCGUGUGCAAAAGAGGCUUCUGCUCCACGCAGUUUCUCCGGUUUUGAGAUCAAUGUUCACAUCAUAUCAAAGGAAGCUUUUUUGGAAUUUAGUUGCUUAGCCGCGAGAAAGGCGACUUCUGAACUUGGCCAUGCCGAA